AUGGCGAAAUGCACAUCUUAAAAGUUGGGAGAGCUUGCCAGCUGUAGCCGUUUUCCUCCGUAUUAAGUCGGAACACGAGCGAUUAAACAAAUGCAACCACACUAAAAUUACAGUAAAACUUUUUGUUGUUUGUUUCCUUGUCCCGCAUUGGAGGCCAAUCUGAGCGGAAGUAAGUGUAAGAGUGAGCAGACAUCAUGUUGGAGUCAUCGUAUAGGGAUAUCUACUGCUCUGGGGGUCAUGAGCAGCUGGAUCCCAAGCGGUCUCCACAGAAACGGGGGAGAAGCUCUGUUGACAUGGAGACAAACCUGACAGAGGGACAGUAUGUCCUUUGCCGCUGGUCAGACGGGCUGUACUACCUGGGAAAGAUACAGAGAGUAAGCCCCUCUAAGCAGAGCUGCUUCGUCACCUUUGAGGACAACUCCAAGUUCUGGGUCCUCUUUAAAGACAUCCAGCACGCUGGAGUCCCAGGGGAAGAGCCCAAAUGUGCUGUGUGUUCUGGGAUUUCACUGCUGCCAGACAAUGAGAUUCUUAUCUGCGGCAAGUGUGGGAUAGGUUACCACCAGCAGUGCCACCUGCCCCAGGUGGAGAGCACGCUGGACUCGUCGCCGUGGUUCUGCAGGAGGUGCAUCUUUGCGCUAGCUGUGCGGAAAGGGGGCGCUCUGAAGAAGGGCCCCAUUGCCAAGGCUCUGCAGGCCAUGAAGCAGGUGCUGACCUACAACCCAGAUGAGCUGGAGUGGGACUCCCUGCACCGGACCAACCACCAGCAGUGCUACUGCUACUGCGGUGGGCCUGGAGAGUGGUACCUGAAGAUGCUCCAGUGCUUUCGGUGCCGGCAGUGGUUUCACGAGGCCUGCAUCCAGUGUUUGCAGGAGUCCAUGAUGUUUGGAGACAGGUUUUAUUUGUUCAUCUGCGCUGUGUGCAAUAAAGGGGUGGAAUACAUCAAGCGCCUGGCCCUCAGAUGGGUGGAUGUAGUGCAUCUUGCCCUCUACAACCUGGGGGUUCAGAGUAAGAAGAAGUACUUUGAGCUGGAGGAGAUCCUCAGCUUCGUCACCAACAACUGGGAGCACUUCCAGCUGGGCAAGCUCUUCAAUACGCCCCUUCAAGAGAGGAGCCAGUACCUCCUGGAUGCUCUCAACAACUACAAAAGCAAGUUUCUCUGCGGGAAGGAGAUCAAAAAGAGGAAAUGCAUCUUUCGGCUGAGGUCGAGGGUUCCCCCCAACCCUCCGUCCAAGCUCUUCCCGGAGAGGGCGCAGAACUGCGAGGGACGGGAUGGGCGCAAGAGGGGCCGGGGCAGGAACAGCUCUCUCCCCCCGGAGUUCCUGCCCCAGAAAAGGCUGAAAAAGAAGAGGUCCAAGUGGCUGCUGGAGGAUGCCAUUCCCAAUAACGACCUGACUACUUCCUGGAGCACAAACCACCACAUGGCCAGUAUAUUCGACUUCACCCUGGAUGAGUUACAGAGCUUAAAAAGCACCAGCUCGGGACGAACCUUCAGCUUGGACCAGGACUCGACAGAUGCAGCCAGCACUUCUGGGUCCGCCACCACCAGCGUGUCCUACGACUUCCGGAAGAACGUGGGCAGCCGGAAGAGGAAGCUGCGGACUUCCACCUACGCGCCAUUGGCGAGCAGGACAGUGGCGCCGGAGAGCGACCUGGCACAGGGCGGCCUGGAGGCGGAGGAGGCCCCUGAAACGCUGGACAACGGCAUCGACAGCCACACCUUUGAGAGCAUCAACGAGGACGACUCCUCCCUCUCACACCUCAAGUCCUCCAUCACCAGCUACUUUGGGGCGGCUGGACGCCUCACCUGCGGGGAGAAGUACCAGGUGCUGGCCCGCAGGGUUACGCCAGAGGGCAAGGUCCAGUACCUGGUGGAAUGGGAGGGCACCACCCCCUACUGACCAGGAGUGGAGGAUUGAGUGAGGGCAAGGAAAGGUUGGGGCAGCAGGUAUGGGUCCUGUUGCUCACCACUCUAAACUCCUUGACUCUUGUCCUCAGGGCCAGACAGGGUCUUUAUUUCUCUCUUUUUCUCUCUCACACACUCUCACUUUCUCUGUCUUUCUCCUCAUAGUGCCAUUUCCUCCCAAUCCUAGCACAAAAGUUUAGAAAGCGCUUGCCUUUAGUUACACAUAGAGAAUUCAAAUCAAUGCAGCGACUGUAGUGGUAAACGAGCAGUGCAGCAAUAAUGGGUCUAGCAGGUCGUCCUUGAAAAGUUUCAGCACCUCCUCUUUGCAGAGCUCUCCGGUAGCACGCCAUUCCACGCCUUCCUGUCCUUCUCUGGUCACAUUCUCUCACAGUGACAGCAUAAACCUGAAAAGGACUAUUGGUGUUCUGAGAAACCAUGGAUGCUCCAUUUCUGAGGAGUCUUAUAGCAUCCCAGUCAUACCUUUCAGUGCGGUACAUAAA